CACUUGCAAAGAGAGAGGAUGAGAAGCUUCUGUUCAUGCUACGAUGGCGUCAGAAGUGAAACCUGUCUUUGAGGAGAACACUGCACUAGGAUUCCUGUAUAGGCUGAUGAAUGGGGCGUUUCAGGACAGAGACUCCAAAGAUUCCGUUUUCUCCAAGGCUAAUGAUUGUAAGGACAACUUCAGCAUAACUCCGCCCCAUCACGCAAAAGACAAACCGCCCCUGCCGACUCUUAGAAAGGUUUCAGUGAUACUGGAGGACUGCAGGAAUUUACUGGGAGACCGUUUCAGACAAUGUGAAAGAGAGGAGAAUGGAUUUGAGGCUUCAAUUCCUCUUGAUAUUACUCGUCACAAUUCUAUCUCGGAGAUCGACGUACGGGUUCGGGAGAGACGAAGGAACCAAGCUGCACUGCUUCUUAACACAGCGCGCCUCCAACCCGGAAUCCAGCCGCACCAAUGUGUCAGAGGAAACACUGGGCACCUGGUUAGCACGCACUGCGCCCGACCCGCCACAGGAGUCACUAGUGCGCGAUGAGACAAGGAUAUCCCUACCGGCCUAACCCGGACAACACUUGGCCAAUUGUGCGUCGCCCCAUGGGCCUCCUGGUCGUGGCCGGCUGCGACAGAGCCUGGGCUCGAACCCAGAGUCUCUGGUGGCACUGCAGUGCCCGAGACCACUGCGCCACUCGGGAGGCCCCUAGAAAUGUAAAUUUAAUCCAGUUUGGUUAGACACUAUUAGUGGUUAGAGCGUUGGACUAGUAACCGAAAGGUUGCAAAAUCAAAUCCUCGAGCUGACAAGGAAAAAAUCUGUUUUUUUUUCUCCCCAGAACAAGGCCGUCAUUGAAAAUAAGAAUUUGUUCCUAACUGACUUGCCGAGUUAAAUAAAGGUGUAAAAAAAUAUAUAUCUUGACAAAUGCAUGAAUUGGACCAUUUUCCUGUCCUUUUAGGGGUCAGGGAAAUGUAUUGAGUAAAAAGUACAGUAUUUUUUUAUAUAUAUAAAAUAUAAAGUUGAUAUAAAAUUGAAGAUGGGAUGAUCUGUGUUCAAUACAGGAAAAAAACAAUCUCAAGCAUGCUUUCUGGUCACGCACCUCUAUCAAACAGUACACAUGAAGUGACCCUCGUUCAAGAUGGCAGUACUUCAUUACACAAAGGAAUAACCCCAACCAAUUUCUAAAGACUGGUGACAUCCAGUGGAAGCGGUAGGAACUGCAAGCAAGUCCCUUAGAAAUCUGGAUUCCCAAUGAAACCUCAUUGAAAAGAGGGUGACCAAAAAAACAAAACAAAAUUCUGAAUGGUUUGUCCUCGGGGUUUCGCCUGCUACAUAAGUUCUGUUAUACUCACAGACACGAUUCAAACAGUUUUAGAAACUUCAGCGUUUUCUAUCCAAAUCUACUAAUAAUAUGCAUAUCUUCUCUUCUGGGGAUGAGUAGCAGGCAGUUGAAAUUGGGCAUGCUUUUCAUCCAAAAUUCCAAAUGCUGCCCCCUAUCCCAGAGAAGUUAAGUCUAAUGGCCUUGAUAGAAGCUGUUUUUCAGUCUCUCGGUCCCUGCUUUGAUGCACCUGUACUGACCUCACCUUCUGGAUGAUAGCGGGGUGAACAGGCAAUGGCUUGGGUGGUUGUUGUCCUUGAUCUUUUUGGCCUUCCUGUGACAUCGGGUGGUGAAGGUGUCCUGGAGGGCAGGUAGUUUGCACCCGGUGUUGUUAUGCAGACCUCACUACCCCCUAGAGAGCCUUCCAGUUAUGGGCGGAGCAGCUCCCGUACCAGGCGGUGAUAGCCCGACAGGAUGCUCUCGAUUGUGCAUCUGUAAAAGUUUGAGUUUUUGGUGACCAGCCAAAUUUCUUCAGCCUCCUGAGGUUGAAGAGGCGCUGCUGCGGCUUCUUCACCACAGCGUCUGUGUGGGUGGACCAAUUCAGUUUGUCCGUGAUGUGUACGCCGAGGAACUUAACUCUCCACUACUGUCCCGUCAAUGUGAAUAGGGGGCUGUUCCCUCUGCUGUUCCCUGAAGUUCACAAUCAUCUCCAUUGUUUUGUUGACAUUGAGUAUGAGGUUAUUUUCCUGACACCACACUCCGAGGGCCCUCACCCCCUCCCUGUAGGCCGUUUCGUCAUUGUUGGUAAUCAAGCCUACCACUAGUGUCGUCUGCAAACUUGAUGAUUGAGUUGGAGGCGUGCAUGGCCACGCAGUCGUGGGUGAACAGGGAGUACAGGAGAGGGCUCAGAACGCACCAUUGUGGGGACCCAGUGUUGAGGAUCAGCGGGGUGGAGAUGUUACCUUCCCUCACCACCUGGGGGCGGCCCAUCAGGAAGUCCAGGACCCAGUUGCACAGGGCGGGGUCGAGACCCAAGGUUAGAGCUUAAUGACGAGUUUGGAGGUGUUAAAUGCUGAGCUGUAUUCGAUUAACAGUAUUCUUACAUGGGUAUUUCUCUUGUCCAGAUGGGUUAGGGCAGUGUGAUGGCGAUUGCGUCGUCUGUGGACCUAUUGGGGCGGUAAGCAAAUUGGAGUGGGUCUAGGGUGUCAGGUAGGGUGGAGGUAUGUCUAUAGAAUGCUAGUGGAUUUAUAUUAAAAAGCAAAGUGAAAACAGCAUUGUUGUCAUCAACAUUGUUGCAUGUGCUGCAUUGACCAUGCAGACUGCAUGCAAAUGUCUUGUUGCUGAGGAACAUCAAAUGUGCUCCUUGGGUGACGGGGCGUGGCUAGGUAUGUGUGGAAAGUGGCAAGAAGAGAAAGAUCGAAGAGACAUGACUCAAGUAGUGAAGUAAACUAUAAAAAUUGAUAUUACACAUGGCGUAUCACAUUUAACAAACCAAACAUUCAAAUUCCAGUAUAGAAGGUAAUGUAAAAACCCAAACUGGUCCCUGUAUCAAUACAGUAUCAUAAAAUACUGUAUACCGCCCAGCCCUAAUAUAUAGUAACAUGUUUUUGCAACAUUGUUGGUCACUGUAGGCCUCUUUCAUGAACACAGAUUAAAGGACAGAGACUCCACUUUUUAACCUGCUUUGAUCAAUUCCAGCACCAAACCAAUGUCUUCAUAUGAGAAAGGUGUUUGUGGUUAAAAAGAUAAGACUCCCCAAAACAUGCUUCUCUGUGACAUAAGGUAAGAUUAAAAGUUCUUUUCAAAUCCUGCAAAAGGUUUCUAGCCCAAGGGAGGGUAUAUUCCUGCUCCCCACAUCAUCGCAAAUCUCAUGGUGUUUGGCAAGUUGUGAAGGAAAUUUUCUUGUGUGAAGAGACAGACUUGAAAAUGUUAAUCUUGUCUUUUGCGUCAUAAACAAUCAAACCUUGGUUUUUGCUUG